CAUGGGUGUGGCAUUAUCAUUUGUGCAUGCAAAACAACCAUACCAUAUUUGAUAAUCAACCAGUCUUUAUGAUUUAUAACAGUGUCUUCAUCAAUUCUCACUCGAUAUUUUUUUAUUUACUGGAUGGCACUCUGAGAUACAGAGAUCAGACGGAAGCAGUGACCGUUUAAGGGUUCAAAAAAUAUUUUGUGGUGCUCACAUCCAAAAAACAGGUGCAGGAUCAAAAAGUAUUAACAUAUACAGCAUUAAACAGCAGGGAAUGUCUGCUCACUUGCUCCCCUUGCAAUUAUUUUAUUAGAAGUUUCACCAGCAAAGCUUAUAAGGGUUACAUAAUAAUAGAAGGGCAUUUGGACAGUCUUAAAGGCUUAUUAUGUCCUGUUCCGAUAACAAACAAACAACCCAGACCAGAAGAUAACCUCCUUGGCGGUUUCAAUCCGCUAAUCAAAAGACCACCUCUCCCUAACCACAAGUAAAACUGAUUACAUAAAGUCAUAAAAUGUGCUGGUGCUAUCUCCCUCACCCUUUCCAAACCAUGAUAUGGUAAUAAAAUAAACUACCAACUGAUGAACUUUCCUUGUAUGAAAGCACAAAGGUUGGUGAGAUGACGAACAACACAAAAAGAAAAUCGAGCUGACCCAGGAAGAACGGUGUCUUUCCUCGCUGCUCCAUCUGGAAUGCACAGGUCUCUGAGGCUCCUCAUAAAGGCACAGCCUAAACGGUGACACUGGAAUAACACAACAAUCAUCCACAACGAUGAGCACAGUUGAGAAGAAAGUGAAGAAGACCAGACUCCAAGACCCGGAGAACAUUACCCAGAACAGCUCCACUGGAGCUGUGCGCUGGGCACUUCCAUAUGAGUUCCUUCAUAUGCACAGCUCAGCACCCACCAAAAUUACCACCCGCAAACCAAAGGACCUGAAAGAUCUGCGUGGCCUACAGGAAUGCACAAAAUUUAUCAUAAACUGGAAGCAACAAGUUGAGAAUGUUUGCAAGAACAGCAGAACGGACGCUGGCAGCAGCAAAGACCAGAAAGACCAACCCAGUAGUCUCGAGCGGAGUCGCAAACUCAUUCUAAAAUGGGCUGAGCAGCUCAAGACAGUAGACGCGCUGUUCAGUGAUGUUAGUGAGGAGAAGAAGGCAACAACACAGAGUGACAACACUGAAGUAGACCAGAGGAUCAUAGAAUGGGCCAAAGAGCUUCAGCGUAUCACCGAGAGCUGUGGUCUGAUGAGAGAGGAGAUUCUCCAGGCUCUGAGACUGCUGGAACUGCGGAAGAAGAAACUGAUGAUGACCCUGCUCCCCUUCCUGGAAUUUAUCACCUGGUCGAUGCUGAAAGAAGACCGGGACUCUGUGUCUCAGUUGUGGCUUGUCACCAAACAGCGCACCUGGAAGACAGAGACACCAAAGUACAUCCCAAAUUCAGUGUGGGAUUGGAUCUGUAGUGCAUCAGUCAAUGUAAUGCUGGACACAAUGACCAAUCACCCAUGGCUGAUCGUGUCUGAUGACCGUAAGAGGGUGCAGGAGGCGCACACGGAGAUAGAAGUGUCCUUCAGCGCACAGCGCUUUGACGGUUGGCCAUGUGUACUGGGCUGGGAGGGUAUGGUCGUCGGCCGGCACUACUGGGAGGUACAGUUGGCCAACAAUGGCUAUUGGAGGCUAGGCUUGACCACAGCCUCCUCAAAGCGCCAGGGUCGCUUCACCAUGUGCCCUGAGGAGGGCUACUGGACACUGUGGCGAAGUACUCGGCAGUUCUAUGCCUGCACUACUCCGGAGACCCCUCUGCCUCAGGAGUUGGUGCCCACCAGAAUGGGCAUUUACUUGGACUAUGACGAAGGUCAGAUCUCCUUCUACAACGUGGAGACACGGUCACAUAUCUUCACAUUCAAGGGUACCUUCCGUGAAAAGCUUUACCCCCUCUUCGCACCUCUGGAUGGACGUACGCUCAUGACUAUUUCAUCCCCUGAGAUAACGUUAAUGUAAUGCUUUCAAAAGCUUUGGCAACAAAACAAAUUCCAAUUUAUUGUCAACAACUCAUUUCCAUUUCUGCUCCCCCAUCUGAAUUAUUCUUAUGAUAAAUUAUGGUACAUUAUUUUCACAUCAGACUGGUCAGUCUCUACCCUUGAAAUGGUGUUACAUGACAAAAUUCAAUGUGAAUAAAAUGCAAUGCUUCAAAUUA